UACGUCUUAAACUAUAAGCAAGAACUUCUAAUAUUUAUUUCAAACGCUAUGCAGUGGCCGAUCGCGUACGUGGGUGUGUUCGUUUUCGUUGCGAUCACUUAUCUGAUACCAACUCAGGAUGCGGCUCGCAUACUAGGGUUUUUCCCAUCGCCCGGUGACUCCCAUUUGAUCAUCCACUGUGCUGUGGCUGACACGCUGGCGCAAGCCGGACACAAUGUAACGGUGAUCGCGACCAAACCGAACGUUAAUCCAAAGGCCAAAUACAAUUACAUAUAUAUCGAUACACCAUUGCUGCCGCCGAGUUUCUUGAAAAAUUUCGUCAACCAACCGAUGUCGUUCUAUAAACGUUAUCCGAUGUUGCUAAAAGAGGUCUCAAAGAUGCACAAUAGGACACUAUGGCAUCCGGAAAUCCAACAAUUCUUGCAGGAUCACGGUGCUGGUUCCUUCGACUUGCUGCUGGUGGGCUAUUUUGCCAAUGACUUUCAUGUAGGACUUGGUGCACACUUUAAGUGUCCAGUGAUUCUUACUUUUAUGGUACAACCGAUAUUUUACCUCAACGAGCUGAUCGGCAAUCCCAGCGAACACGCCUAUGUGCCGACCGUGUUCAGUGGUCUGAAGCAGCCCAUGAACUUCUGGGCACGUUUGGAAAAUUAUCUCAUAUACCUUUUUGAAUACUAUUACAUGGGACCAUUGAUGAAAAGCACAGCGCAGAAAUACUAUAGUUAUAACUUCCCCGCCAACAGCGGCUAUCCCAGUUUCGAAGAAGCACGACGCAAUGUCGCCUUGAUUUUUGCCAAUCAUUGGUUUGCACAGGGCCCUGUCCGACCCCAUGUACCGAGUCUCAUAGAAGUUGGUGGCAUACAAGUCAAAGAGAAACCUGAUCCCUUACCCUCCGAUAUCGCUGAACUGCUAGACGGCUCACCAGAAGGUGUGAUAUACUUCAGUUUAGGCAGCCUUAUACGCGGUAACACAUUGAAGGCGGACACAGUGCAUACAAUAUUCAACGUAUUGUCCAAUUUACCUUACAAGGUGCUAUGGAAAUGGGGCGCCGACUACCCAGGCAAUGCGUCGAACAUCCUCUUCAAAAGCUGGCUUCCACAGACCGACGUACUCGCGCAUCCAAAUAUCAAACUUUUCAUUACGCAUGGCGGCAAAGGCAGCGUAGUGGAGGCGGAGUAUAAUGGCGUACCUAUGGUGGGCAUACCACUCUUCUCCGAUCAGCCCGCAAAUAUGGAGGAAGUGCGACAGGCAGGCUUCGGUACCUAUGUACCUUAUGCCGAUUUGACUGAAGAGAGUUUACGUGAGGCGAUCGAAGAUGUUAUUAACAAUCCAAAGUACAGAAAAGCGGUGCGCGAAUUCUCGGAAGUGUAUCGAGAUCGUCCCAUGACACCGCGUCAAUCGGUUGUCUGGUGGGUGGACUAUGUGCUGCGGCAUAAAGGCGCCAAGCAUUUACAAUCGCCGGCCGUGUACUUGACGCAUUGGCAGCUUAUGUCGUUGGAUGUGUUAGGUGUGUUGUUGGCGAUCGUGGCGGUUGUGGUGGGUUUAUUGAUAAGUCUGUGGAGAUUUUGCAUCACAAAGCUAUUAGCGCGUCUGAUAAAAAAGAAUGGCGUGAACGGAACGAAGCGAAAUGCAAAAAAAAGUGCCAAAGUAGAAUAAGGGUUCAGAAAUAUUUUAAGAAGUAAAUAAAUGAAUGUAAUAUGGAAAAGCAAUAUUAAAGUUUUCGCUAAAAAUAUGUAUGGGUAGUCGAAAAACUAUUUUCGUAUUUUGUUAACAUACUUGUAUGUUGUUGCAGUCAUAUAUCUUAAAUGUAAUUGGUAUCAUUGUGUCAUACCAUAUAGUGUUGGAAAGGUGAGACUUUAAGCUUCACUUCAC